AUGAACAGAGCAAUAAUUGUUGUUUCUGCCCUACUCGUGUUCUUGGCAUGUAGUUUAGCCACCCCCAGUGGAUCACGAGACAGUUCCCUCAACAACGAUGACGUUACCAUCCAAGAAUCUUCAUACCAAAGAUCCGGCAACAACCAACAGUCUCUGAGAAACUCGACUCAACAUCGAUCUCCAGGCAGACACACGCAAAUGUCCAUCGUCCAAGAAACAUCAUCUAACAGUCACAAUAACACCGGCAACGUCAGAAGGGUGUACUUCAAUGGUAUAGUCGAUGGGUCGGAACCAAUCAAUAUGGAGGACAACAAUGGACCCGACGCUAAUACGAAUCAUCAUGCUGGAUCCAAUGCUCAUCAUAAUGCUGGCCCUACAACUAAUAAUAAUGCUGCUCAUACAACUAAUCAUAAUGCUGCGCCAGAAAAUGGUCAUGAUGCUGAGCCGAACACCAGUGAGAAUACGGAUCCCAAUACAAGUGCUGACCCUAAUGCCAGUUAUAAUGCUAGUCCUCAUAGUGGUGAUGAUGCUGGACCCAAUACAAGUGAUGAUACUCAUCCCAAUACUAGCGAAAAUUCUAGUUCAAAUAGUAGCGACCAAACUGGUCCUAAUACUGGAGAUGGUUCUGAUUCCAAUAGCGCUAGCUCAAGUUCAAGUAGUAACGAGAGUACUGACCGCAAUACUGGAGAUGCUACUGAUCCUAAUAAUAGCGAAAAUUCAAGUUCAAAUAGUAACAACAAUGAUGAUGAUGAUGAUGAUAGCAAUAGCUCUAGUUCCAAUAGUAGCAAUACUUCUGAUCCCAGUACUGGAGAUGCAGCUGAUCCUGAUAAUAGCGAUAGCUCAAGUUCGAGUAGUAGCGGUGAUAGUUCCCCUACUGGCGGUGCUAGGGAGCCCAAUACUAGCGAAAGUGAUGGUGCCAAUUCUAGUAGCGCAAGUGGGAACGGACGAUGCAGAAGGAGCUCUAGCUCUAGCUCUAGUUCUAGUUCGUCUGAAGAGCGUGAUGGGGUCUCGGACGAAACUGGUCAAGAUGGCGGUAGCUGUGACGAACCAACGGACGCUACUGAUUCAUGA